GGGAGGACGGAUAAGCGCCUCGGUCGGUACCGGAUUUGACACCAGGAGGAGGGAGGGAUGCUGCGGUGAUUUUUCUCCUCCUCUCUCUCUCUUUCUCUCUCUCUCCACCACUGUUCUUCUUCAGCACUUCAUCCUCGAAGAGAACUGUUUUCUCUCUCUCUCUCUUUAUAAAAAAAAUAAAAUCUUGGUUUCUUCUUUGGACCGGCUCGCCUGGUCGGUCUGAGGUCAUUGCGCGUCCGCGCUCCAGCGGAUCAAACGGGUUUUGUGGGGAACAGAUUCUUCUCUCCUCGCACACGGACAGAAACAGUUUUCACUCUCUGGAUGUUUGGACAUCUGCAGGAGAACCGGGACAAGUUGACUGACGGUUUUCUUCUGGCCCGUAUUUUGAGGGAUUCUUCUUUAUUUUGAUUUUCUUGGAGAGACUGGCUGCGCGCGGACUGUCACAGGUCCAAGGCAGUUCUGUGUCACUGUACAGAAAAAAAACCAUCAUCGUGUCUGAGACCUGUGAUGAGUUCAGGAUCUCUGCAGCCAGAGGUGGUGACCAAAGUGUGAGAAGCAAAACCAGAAGAAGUGCGAUCACUGGGGAAGUUGGUGAUGAAUAUCCGCGGCAACAAGCUCCAUCUCAGCUAACGAAGCAGGACGUUCAUCAACCACGUUUCAUUAGCCUAAACAAGAUAUCGUCUCAGUGGAGGGUGGAGCUCCACUGAGAGGAAGCAGAGCGUCGGAGGUGGAGUAACGUGAACAUCUGCUGGGGUUGGACGAGAUGGUGAUGUUGAUGAUGAAGAGGGAGGACCUCGGGCUGCUGAGGACAUUCCUCCUCGUGGUGGGAGUCUCUGUGCUCUGUGGCGUCACAGUAGGAACCCGGAAAGGCAAUGCCUCCUUGGAUCAUAGGGGCCACAGACACAAACAUCCAGGUCAUCUGUCGCUGCACAGACACAAACAGAGGACAGGGAAAGAAGGACAAGUUCUCCACAGGUCCAAACGAGGAUGGGUCUGGAAUCAGUUCUUUGUCAUUGAGGAGUACACUGGACCUGACCCGGUUCUGGUGGGCAGGCUCCACUCAGACGUCGACUCGGGUGAUGGCAACAUCAAGUAUAUCUUAUCCGGUGAAGGUGCAGGAACGAUCUUUGUCAUUGAUGACAAGACGGGCAACAUCCACGCUACCAAAACCCUGGACCGUGAGGAACAGGCCCAGUACACGCUGACAGCCCAGGCUGUGGCCAGAGACACAAAUAAGCCCCUGGAACCCCCAUCAGAGUUCAUAGUCAAAGUUCAGGACAUCAACGAUAAUCCUCCUGAGUUUCUACAUGGGCCGUACUACGCCAGGGUGCCAGAGAUGUCCAAUGUUGGUACGUCGGUGAUGCAGGUGACAGCUACAGAUGCUGAUGACCCCACCUAUGGCAACAGCGCCAGACUGGUGUACAGCAUCCUGCAAGGACAGCCGUAUUUCUCUGUGGAGUCACAGUCAGGUAUCAUCCGUACGGCUUUGCCAAACAUGGACCGCGAGGCGCGUCAGGAGUACGACGUCGUCAUCCAGGCCAAAGACAUGGGAGGUCACAUGGGUGGCUUGUCUGGAACCACUGAAGUUAAAAUCACCCUGACAGACGUCAACGACAACCCUCCCAAGUUUCCACAGAGUGUGUAUCCCAUGUCUGUGUCUGAGGACGAAGUUCCGGGAGGGGAAGUGGGUCGUCUCAAAGCCAAAGACCCCGACCUCGGAGAGAAUGGACUGGUCAACUACCGCAUCAUAGACGGUGAUGGUGUGGCGAUGUUUGAAAUAACCACCGACUCCCAGACCAGAGAGGCUGUCGUUAAACUGAAGAAGCCGGUGGACUAUGAGACGAAGCGGUCAUACAGUUUGAAGAUCGAGGCGUCCAACCCUCACGUGGACUCUCGCUUCCUCGCCUGGGGACCUUAUAAGGAUGAAGCCACAAUAAAGAUAGCGGUGGAGGAUGCGGACGAGCCUCCUGUGUUUGUAGCUCCCAGUUACACCUUUGAAGUGGAGGAGAACGCACCUGAAGGCACCAUGGUGGGACGCGUCCACGCCAAGGACACCGAUGUUGCCAACAACCCUGUCAGGUACAUGAUUCCUCGCUACACGGACAUCGAGCAGUUCUUCAGCAUAAACUCCGAGGACGGCAUGAUCACCACGAACAGACCUCUGGACAGAGAAACGCAGCCGUGGCACAACAUCUCCGUGUCUGCCACUGAAAUAGCGGGUAACCAUCAGGACACCAAAGUGCGCGUUAACAUCAAAGUGAAAGAUGUGAACGACAACGCCCCAGAGUUUGCCAGCAACAACGAGGUCCACAUGUGUGAAACUGUGGCACCAGGGAAGGUUAUUGAAACAGUCAGAGCUGUGGAUAAAGAUGAGAUGGCUCCCAGGCAACAUUUCUCCUUCAGCCUCACGCCUGAAGUCGCUCAUAACCACAACUUCUCCCUGAACGACAACAGAGACAGCACAGCCAACAUCAAGGUGCUCCGAAAAGGUUUCAGCCGUCUGACCCAGGACGUCUACUAUCUUCCCAUCGAGAUCAGUGACAACGGAUUGCCCGCCUUGACCAGUACCAACACACUGACCAUCAGAGUCUGUUCCUGCGACAACAAAGACACCAUCCUCUCCUGCAAUGUAGAGCCCUACGUCCUGCCGGCUGGCCUCAGCACUGGGGCGCUCAUAGCCAUACUGGCUUGUAUUGUCAUUCUUCUGGCGAUAGUGGUGUUGUUUGUAGCACUGCGGCGUCAGAAAAAGGAGCCGCUGAUCGUGUUUGAAGAGGAGGACAUCAGGGAGAACAUCAUCACUUACGAUGAUGAAGGUGGGGGCGAGGAGGACACGGAGGCCUUCGACAUCGCCACGCUGCAGAACCCAGAUGGCGCCAACGGCUUCCUGCCAAGGAAGGACAUCAAACCAGAGCUCCAGUAUCCCAUCAGGCCCGGUAUCGGCCGUCCUGCAGCCAACAGCGUUGAUGUCGAUGACUUCAUCAAGACUCGAAUCGCUGAGGCCGACAGCGACCCGACCGCCCCGCCCUACGACUCCAUUCAAAUCUACGGUUACGAAGGCAGAGGCUCGCUGGCCGGCUCCCUCAGCUCCCUCGAGUCCGUGACAACCGAGUCGGACCUGGAUUAUGACUAUCUGCAGAGUUGGGGGCCGAGGUUUAAGAAGCUGGCGGAUUUGUACGGGACCAAAGACUGCUCAGUUAACGACGGCGAGGACGGUGAAGACUCUUAACAGAGGACGAAGUGAGCUGACGGCCACAAUCCCUGGAAGGAUUCCGUGAGGAUUUGUAAACACGUUGCCGACGACCAACUGAUCAAAUUCACGCAAACUUGUCAUUGAAUGUUAACAGCUCUUCCGCCCAUGGCCCUUCCGCGUUCCUCCAAGAUGAUAUGUUAAUGAACUUUUAAUGAACGUUUGGACUUCCUACCAGUUUUUCCAGAUACCCCGUCCCUUCUCUCUCUCUCUCUCUCUCUCUCUCUCGACUUGAUCAUUGCCGUGCUGGAAGAUUUAUGUCACCAGUUAAAAACUAAAUUGUCUGGACAAAAAGUUGCUAUGUGACGACUUGCUCAAAACAAACUGGCUUAUUGGAGGUGGGUUUGAGGACUGGGUUCCAACGGGGGAUUCUGUACCCUGAACAGGUUCCUCAGUGGGUAUUACACUAUCUUAGUUUGUUGUUAAAGUGUUUGAAAGGAGCAAGUUCGCUUAAUAAUAAAAAAAGAAAAAUUCAGCAGUUAAAGUGGAAGGUUGAGGGUGAUACUGUUUCAUAUUUGUUGUUGUUGAAGGUAGGGAAGCAGAGACUCUGGGUUGUUGGUAUUGUGCCCUGCUCGCAGCGUCGACACAGUAUGGUGGCCUUAUAAUAAAUAAACAACUCCAGGGGAAAACACAACAAACAAUGGGAGAAAUGGCGUGACAACACACACUGCUAGCUUCAGCAGCGACACCAGAAAGUAUAUGUGGAAAAACAAAAACAUGUAGACAAAAAAAAUGUAGACUUUUUUCUACACCCCAACAAACAGAGUGAGUCGUCCGGAGUUCCAUUGGAAGAGAACUGCAGGAUCGCGGAUUUCACGUUUCAUCACUGCGGAGAAGUCGGGAAAGGACGUACUUCUCCGAAAACCUCCCGCCCACUUUGUGUGUCGCCCGUCGCGAGUUCAUCACCUCCUCAUCCGGAGUCCACCAGUGACGAUCAAUCACGAGUAAAAACCUGUGAGCUCUAAAAAUCGCCUUAAACUUUACGGACACUCUUGCAACACAGUGCAUUGUUGGUUUGUUUGUUUGUUUCCCCUCUUUUUUUGUAACUUGAAGAGCAUCCUCUGAAAGCAAAUGACUCUCCAUGUUGGGCUUGUAAAGAGCGGCGUGCAGAUGUGAGUUUAUCUCCAGCUUGUCUCAAUGCGGGAUGCGCUUUUUUUCUUUUUUUUCCCCCUGCAGCGCUGCAAAAAACGGUGUUAUUUCCGCAACACGUAUGCGGCAGUGGCGCCUGUUGCAUCAACACGUGCAGCUGUUUCAAAGCUUUGAGAAAUAGCAUGAGGUGUUUUUACAGUUCAGAUCACAAAUGUGCACGGACAUGAAGAGGUUUUGUUGUUUUCGGCAAUUAUCGUGGCGCUUUACAGCCUGCAGAAUGUCAGCUGUUAUCUUUAGGAGUUAAAUUUUAAUGCACCAAAUGUAAUCGGACAGCUGGAUUUGUCGUUCCCUUGUUGAUUUUACGAGUUAGCGGAUAAAAGUUCGAGAAUUGAUUUCAGAUGCUGCGUAUCGCUUGGACUUCAAUUUAGAAAUGCAAUGAGUAAGACGCAGUACUGUAAUUCUGUCUACAACAGUGCAUAAAGGUGCAUGUGGGAGACUAGUGAGGGAAGCCACCAAGCCACACUUCAGUUGCUGUGUUUGGAGAGUGUGUCUACGACAACCUUUACCUGUUGCAUCUCCAGCCACAACUGCAUAGUCUUCAACCUAGAUGUCAUAUUUUCUUUUUCAUUUUGUUUUGUGGCUUCCCUCAAGUUUUUCUACGGGAAGUUCCUCCAAAGACAGGCACUGGCACUUCUAAUAUCUCGAGUUUGUGUGUGUGUGUGUGUCUAGUUUUUCAUUGUAGUUUAUACAAUCAGAGGCACUGAAGCUUCUGGUGCUAUUCAAGUUGCAAUUUUGCGUUGGUGGCUUCCCUCACUAAUUAUUGUUUGCACGUUGUUCAGUCACAUCCAUUGAAGCUUGAAGUGCCUUUAGAGUUGUAAUUUGUGUGCUGAUGCCUUCCUCACUAGUUUCUGUGUGCACGGUAUGCCCUAAUUACAGGCAUUGAACCUUAUAACACCAUUAGAGUUGCAAUGUUUGCAUUAGUGGUUUCCCUCACUAUUAUAUUCAGUUCAUCUAGUUACAGGCACUGAAACAUUGAACACUUUUAGAAUGUCAUUUGUGUGUUGGUUGCUUCUCUCACUAGUUGUUAUGUACAUAAAUUCUCCACUCCCAGUCACUGAUGCUUCAAACACCCUUAGGGUGGUUAUGUGUCUUGGUGGCUUUCCUCACUGGUCAUUUGCAGUUUGUCCACUUACAGACAUCAAAGCAUCUAACACCUCUAGACUUUUCAUGGGUGUCUUGGUUGGCUUCCCUCACUCGUCCAUCCAUUGCAGUCACUCCAUUGCUGAGGACAACUUGCUGUAGACAGAUGUAACACACGGUGUCAUAGUCUCCAUUUCUUAGUAAUUGAUUUGAUGGCCCUCUAAGAGGUCUGCAAAAAUUUAAAUCAACUUCAGACAUUUUAUCUGCUGAUUGGACUUGAACAAUCACAGCCACUGAAGCUUGUAACACAAUUAGAGUUGCUAUUUGUGCAUUGGUGGCUUCCCUCUCUAGUUAUUGUUUGCACAGUUGACUUAAUGAGGGAAUA